CUGGGUUACUUCCCUAAUGCCAAGAAAUGUUGCUUGAUCAUCAAACCGCAACGAGAACAGGCUGCCAGGGAGGUGUUUAGAGACACUGCUAUUAACGUCACCAUACACUACGAGCCUCAGCGCUCCGGAAGUUAAGAAAUUCGUACCGUCUGGUUGCUAUGAAGUGACGCAAUCAUCCAGUUGAGUAUCCAUCACCGUAACACUUUUGCGGUCAACUACCGCAGCGCUCGUAAAUUAGUUUAAUUAAAACCGUGUUCAAAACCCUGUAGGAAGUCUGUUUAUUUUUGAGUCGAUUAAUGCACUGCUGACUUUCACGAGGUCAACUUUUGCAUAAAUUAUCAAACAUUAUGUUAAGCGGGAAAUCUACCUAUGGUUCGCGGGAGAAGCAACUUCUAUAGCGGCGCAAGACAAAUGUUUCGAGAGUCGAGGAUGUGCUCACAAACUAUUCACUAUGCGACGAAAGGAGAAAUCACUGGCAUUAUAGCUGCAUGUAAUAGUAAUUUUGUCAAUCCAGGUCGCGCCGUGUUCGCUCGAGAACGCUGUGACAACCUCGUUUGGCGCGCUUCUCAAUACUUCCAAAACAUGUUGUAAUCGGUAAGUAGACUUAAGCACUUAGUAUCGCCAAGCCAUUCGAAUCAGUGUAUACCCAAUUCUUUGUCUGAAGAUUCUCGCAAACACAUAUACCAAGUAAAUCUGGAUGGAAAAGGAAAUUGUCUCCCUAAACGCAGCCGGAUUAUAUUUUGAAGGAUGGCGGCACAAUUCAACGCGUCUUCCAGGUCAGCCCUAAUUUAUAGUUCGUAAAAGUAUAAAUUGCUAUCUCCCUAUUAAGCUUUCUUUGAUAAAACUUCAGUAGAAACAAAACAACGCAGACAUGACAUUCUCCUGCAUGAGACACAAUCGGCUGAAGGAAAUAUCUGUUUACAAGUCGGGUAAAUUAUCCAUUCUUGCGCACCGCAAAAUCAGCUAAAAUCAGUCGCUGGAAACCUGGCAUAUUAUUAAGCCUAAGCGCUUCUAAGAAUAACACGUUUAGAACUUCGACGCGUAGAAAAAAAGGCAGUUGUCCUAUAUCCUUUCUGGUUCAUCCAGGUAGAAGUCCUGGCAUAUUAUUAUGCCUGAGCGCUUCUAGGAUGUAUAUAACACGUUUAUAAGCAUUUCGACCCGUAGCCGUAAAAAAAAAAUUAGGCAGUUGUUCUAUAUCCUUUCUGGUUCAUCCAGGUAGAAGUCCUGGCAUAUUAUUAUGCCUGAGCGCUUCUAGGAUAUAUAACACGUUUAGCAUUUCGACCCGUAGCCGUAAAAAACAUUUAGGCAGUUGUUCUAUAUCCUUUCUGGUUCAUCCAGGUAGAAGUCCUGCCAUGAUAUCAUUAUGCCUGAGCGCUUCUAGGAUAUAUAACACGUUUAGCAUUUCGACCCGUACCCGUAAAAAAAAAUUUAGGCAGUUGUUCUAUAUCCUUUCUGGUUCACCCAGGUAGAAGUCCUGGCAUGAUGUUAUUAUGCCUGAGCGCUUCUAGGAUAUAUAACACGUUUAGCAUUUCGACCCGUAGCCGAAAAAAAAAAAAAUAGGCAGUUGUUCUAUAUCCUUUCUGGUUCACCCAGGUAGAAGUCCUGGCAUGAUGUUAUUAUGCCUGAGCGCUUCUAGGAUAUAUAACACGUUGGCAGUGAAAUCGACCACAGACUUUAAAAUGUUCUUUUUAGAAUGCACUGAAUUAUUUUUUCCGGACAUUUUGUUUGAUACCGCAUUUUUAAUUAAUUUUGUUUGUCACCCCAGGAUGAUGACAUGAUUGCGUGAAAAUUGACGCCUCUAUCAUAUUAGAUGCGAAAUACGAUCAGAGAUUAAGGGAAUAGGGAAUGUUGCAAUCUACUGGGUAUCCAGCUGAGAUAGCUGACUUUUACUCAGCUAUCUCAGCUGGAUACUGAGGGGUUUUUUUGGUUGCUAAGACCGUGCAGCUCGUUAUGGGCCACCAGCCCUUAGGCGCGGCUCUAGGAUCUAGAUCGUUCCUUGAAGAAUACUGGCGAGAAAGUAGACAAAUGGGUCAAUGAAGUUACUAAACUCGCAGAUUUCUCCAUAUCACAGCCUCAAGCCAGCUAUGCAGCCUUCACUUUUGGUCUGCGGCACCGCUGGACAUAUUUCCUAAGAACAUUACCGGAUAUUGCAGAAUUACUUGAGCCACUCGAGCGCGCGAUUAAUGAGGUUCUCAUACCAGCUGUCACUGACCAUACAGUCACUAAAGUAGAGCGCGACCUCCUUGGUCUCCCUAUGCGCGCGGGUGGCCUUGAAUUUACAGAUCCUUUAGUGACCUCAUCUUCUGAAUACGAGGCUUCAAUCGAAGUUACUAAUCCGCUCGUGAGGCGAAUUGUUGAGCAAGAGCACCAGCCUUCACUGAGAUGCCUCAGAAAUUCAAACACUGCAACUGAGCACACGAAAACAAGUAAGUGAAGAAUUCCCUGCCGACAAAAGCUGAGCGAGCUGUUGAGUUAGCUACAGAGAACAAAUUGGCUUACCGUAAUUCCCCUCAAAGAGCUGGAUUACAAACUGAAUAGGAAGGAAUUUAGAGAUGCAAUCAAGUUACGGUACGACUAGGAAACAACGGACACGCCCAUGCUCUGCGCAUGCAAUGUUCAAUUUAGCGUGGAUCACGCAAUAGUGUUUCAGCGCGGCGGGUUCAUUAUCCAGCGCCAUAAUGAACUGCGCGACUUGGAAGCAGAGAUGCUAAGGAUGGUCUGUAAUGAUGUGGAAGUAGAGCCGGUCCUUCAGGAGGUCACCGGGGAGACUAUAAAUCAUGGCGCUAACAAAGCCCCUGAUGCCCGUUUGGAUAUUCAUGCUCGAGGUUUUUGGGAGAGACCUUAUUCGACGUUCGGGUGUGUCACCCUAAUGCAGACUCUUACAAAGACUUGACUCCUAAGCAGAUCUACAAGAAGCAUGAGAAGGAGAAGAAGAGGCAGUAUGCGGAAAGGGUAAUGGAGAUCGAACAGGGAACGUUCACUCCCCUAGUUUCCACGACCACAGGUGGAAUAGCAGAUGAGUGUGUUAAGUACCACAGCAGACUUGCGGAGCUGAUUGCGCAGUUUCCUGGAUAA